AUGACUGCUUUGUGCAACUUCGUGGUUCAUGACAAGUGCAUCAAAACUGUGGUAUCUCCAUGCUCCAGCGUCGCCCCAACACUUGUCAAGACGCCCGUGGCCCACUGCUGGUCAGAGCCCGCCCAUCACCGCAGACGCCAUUGCAACGUCUGCAGGAAGAAACUGGACGACACGCUGGCCAUAAAAUGCGAAGUGUGCGAGUACUACGUGCACGUGGAGUGUGGAGACUUCACUGUAGCCAACUGCAAAGACUGCGCGACCUUCGUGCCCGAGAAGAACCUUCCGCAAGUAGUCCAGCAACACCACUGGCGAGAGGGCAACCUGCCGCCCAACUCCAAAUGUAUGAAGGCAUCCAAGGUAUCCGUGUUUAUGUGUGAGGUGUGUAUGUGUAGUGCUUGA